AUGGGUAAUAUUGCCACCUGCUAUAACUGUAGAGAGCAAGGUCACAUUAGUACUAAUUAUAUGAAGCCUAAGAAGGAUCAGUUAAGGGGAAAGGUAUUUGCAUUGUUUGGUCUUGAGACUACUAGUACAGACAAGUUAAUUCAAGGUACAUGUUAUAUUAAUAGUAUUCCUCUAAUUGCUAUUAUUGACACUAGUACAACAUAUUCUUUCAUUUCUUUUGAUUGUGAUAAGCGAUUGGGUUUUAAGUUAUUGUCCAUGGUCGGGAGUAUAAUUGUUGUCACUCCGGCUCUAGGUCCAAUGACUACUUCUCUAGUUUGUUUUAAUUGUCCAUUAACUAUCUAUGGUAAGAACUUUGGGAUUGAUUUAGUUUGUCUACCCCUGAAUAAACUUGAUGUUAUCCUUGGGAUGAGUUUGUUGGAGUUCAACCAUGUGCAUAUCAACUGUUACAACAAAUUUAUGUCGUUCCAUGAAAUCAAUGAAGAUGAGAGAGUGUUUGUGAUGGCUAAGCAAGUGAAUGAGGUUGUGAAUAAUGGGGUACAGGCGUUCGUGAUAUUAGCAUCUAUAAGUGUAGAAGUCAGGGCGGUGAUUAAUUAG